GUUUAUUCAAAUCUGGCAAUUUCUUUCAAUUCCACCAUGUCUUCUGCCGACCGCUCGCACACGUUCCGCGAGUCGAAUGUCAAGAGAAGAGCCUCUGUCGUGUAUGGGUCCGUCGGGAAGGGGGGCCUUUAUCUCCCACAGGAUUUUAUCAAGCCGCUGACUGUCCGUGGCAGCACCGCGGACGACGAAGAAGAAGAAGAAGAAGAUGAAGCGGACAACGUGGUCUCCGAGUACGCCCCGCUUUUGGGCGCCUCGGCCAGCACCGCCACCACCCAUGAGCCCACCAAGAUGCGCCGCCACUCGUCGGUUCAUCGUGAACUUGUCCAACAAGAACGUGAGCUCCUUGAAGACAAUAACAUCAAGGUGGUGCAUUCACCACACCGGGACGCCGAUGGUGACGUCGAGGCCACCUUUGAGGACGCCGCCAAGGACCACCUUGUCGCCACGACCCUGCUCAUCGAGUUCAAGCUGCUUGUCAAGUCGUCUGUCCCACUCGUGGUGACCUUUUUGUUGCAAAACUCGCUCUCCACCGUGUCGGUGUUCACCGUGGGCCACUUGGGUGCCACCGAAUUGGCAGCCGUGUCGAUGGGUGCCAUGACCGCCAACAUCACCGGGUACGCCACCAUCCAGGGGAUAGCCACCGCCUUGGACACCUUGUGUCCCCAGGCGUUUGGAGCGAAAAAGUACCAUUUGGUCGGAACCUACAUGCAAAAGUGUAUUGCUCUCAUCUUCACCAUCAUGCUCCCCAUCUUGUUGGUGUGGACGUUCUGGGGAUACACCUUGAUCACCCUCAUUCUCCCGGACAAGGAAACCGCCAAGUUGGCUGCUGUCUACUUGCAAUACAUCGCUCCAGGAAUCCCUGGCUACAUUUUGUUUGAGUGUGGUAAGCGGUUCUUGCAAGCCCAGGGAGUUUACCACAUCUCCACCUAUGUCUUGCUCUUUGGUGCCCCCUGUAAUGCCGUCAUGAACUACUACUUGGUACAGAAAUUGGGCUACUAUGGAGCCCCCAUUGCCGUGGCCAUCAACUAUUGGCUCAUGGCUGGAGGGUUGUUCUUGGCCACCAUCUACGGGAUCAAGGCGGAAGACACCCCGACCGGGUUACAUCCGUUGGUAUGUUGGGGCGGUCUCAACGUCAGGGUUGCCUUCAAGGCCUGGGACCGGUUGGCAUACUUGGCCAUUCCUGGCUUGAUCAUGUUGGAAGCAGAAUUCCUUGCCUUUGAAAUCUUGACUCUUUUCGCCUCCUACUUGGGAACCAUUGCCCUUGCCGCACAAUCCAUCGGUACCACCAUGGCGUCAUUGACCUACCAAGUUCCCUUUGCCAUUGGAAUCGCCUCCUCCACCCGUAUUGCCAACUUUUUGGGUGCUGGCAUGGGUGAAGCGGCGAAAAAGACCACUCAAGUCGCCAUGGCGUUUGGAUUGGCCAUUUCCUUCUUGAACUUUUUCGCUCUUUACAUUUUCCAACAAGAAAUCGCACAACUCUUCACCUCGGACGAACGUGUCAUUCAAACCGUCAAGGACGUCAUGUGGCUCAUUGCCUUGAUGCAGGUCUCCGACGCCGUCAAUGCCAACUCGGCUGGAUGCUUGCGGGGCCAAGGACAAACCAAAAUCGGAGGCAUUGUCAAUUUGGUGUCGUACUAUCUCGUUGGACUUCCCUUAUCGGUUUAUCUUUCAUUCCACAACUCGGUGUACAAGGGGAGUUUGGACGGACUUUGGAUUGGGAGUACGGUUGCAUUGACCCUCAUUGGGGUCUUGCAGAGUUACUUCUCGUUGUUUGCCGACUUUGACAAGUUGUGUGAAGAUGCUACAAACAGAACCGCAGAGCCAACUGUUUGAACUAAAAAAAUUUUAGAUUCUUUAUCGUUAAUUCCAAAAUAUAUAACUUACAAUUGAA